UCAAGCUGGCUGUGUGGAUAAGGCAGGUUGGGCAGGUUGCUGUGACAUGUGGGGCAGGAUGGGAUUGCUCGCUCGCUUUCCUUCUUUUCCUCCUCCUCAUCGGAUUAUUUUGCAGCAGGACCCACGUACCCUCCCUCCCUCCCUCACACACACACACACUGGCUCUCUCUUAGGUUGCUUUUGUUUUUAUUGUAUUAUUCUCUUGUGCAACAGGGGGCGGGAGAAACUAAGGGUGGCCUUGAUUUUUCUCUUUAGUAUUUUAAACACACACAGAGUGUUUGGGUGGGAGAGAGAGAGAGAGAGAGAGAGAGAGAGAGAGAGAGAUCUGAUCCUUGAUCCUGUGAGUUGCUACCUCUACAUGCCUGAGCCAGCAGACAAAGCAAGCACGGAUGAAGUUGGUACGGAUACUCCGGGGCUUGCCUUUUCCUCCUUGGGUCAGAGGAAUCACAGAGACUCCCCUGCCCCCUGUCCACUAAUGAGCUGAAAAUCUGCCUCUGGGAUUUAACCUGCUACUCCUGAAUUUCCUCCGCUCCUGCCUGUCUCACUCUGCUUCUUUCUCGCACUUUCCCCCGCUCUUCAACACUCCCUGGACCAGAGCUGGAUUCUGAUGGAACUGCCAACAUGUUCAUGUCCAGAAUCCUGGAUUUUCAGAAGACAAGAUAUGCCAGGUUUAUGAAUCACAGGGUCCCGUCCAACCGGAGAUACCAGCCAACGGAGUAUGAGCACGCAGCGAACUGUGCCACGCACGCCUUCUGGAUCAUCCCCAGCAUCCUUGGCAGCUCCAUCCUCUACGUCCUCUCAGAUGACCAUUGGGAGACCAUCUCAGCAUGGAUCUAUGGGUUUGGCUUGUCUGGCCUCUUCACUGUCUCCACCAUCUUUCACACCAUCUCCUGGAAGAAGAGACACCUCAGAACAGUGGAGCACUGCCUGCACAUGUUUGACCGGAUGGUGAUCUACUUCUUCAUAGCAGCAUCUUAUGCCCCUUGGUUGAACCUCCGGGAGUUGGGUCCCUGGGCCUCUCACAUGCGCUGGAUCAUCUGGAUCAUGGCAUCUGUCGGAACCAUCUAUGUUUUCUUCUUCCAUGAGCGGUACAAGCUGAUGGAGCUGGUGUGCUAUGUUAUCAUGGGAGUCUUCCCUGCCCUGGUGAUCCUUUCCAUGCCAAACCGAGAUGGCCUCUUGGAGCUGGUGGCUGGUGGGCUUUUUUACUGCCUGGGCACGGUGUUCUUCAAGAGCGACGGGCGCAUCCCCUUUGCCCAUGCCAUCUGGCACCUCUUCGUGGCAACCGGAGCGGGCAUCCACUACUAUGCCAUUUGGCGGUACCUCUACUGGCCCGAAGUUCUGGAGGCAAAGACGUCCAGAUAGGAGCCCCAAGGACACGGGACAUGCCAAUCGGCACUUGAGGGAAGAUUUCCCAAGGAGCUCAUCUGUUUCCUGCCGGAAAGCCAUUCCCAGGGCUCACUCCCCUGAUGGGAGGGAGUCUCUGGUGUCCGUCUCCACACAAUCUCACGCAGAUGGAAGAGCCCGAAAGGUUUAUUUUAAACUGAUUUUAACCUUGUAUAGUGUUUGGUUGUUAGGCAAACGUUUCAUAACAAAAUGAACAGUUAAUGGGGUUGUUGGUGGAGUGGACUGGCCCGACCAGGGCAAUGGUCUUUGUGCUAAGGUUUUGUUCACAUGAUCCCAAACAACCUUGAAACCUGCAAAACCCUCGUCCAGAUGAGAGCCCCAAACCAGCAGGCGACCAACCUCUGUACUCCUGGCUGCUGGACCCUCUGGCUGCUUCCAAGGGGAGAGGCUACCCUUAGAUAGAAGCCGUUGGCUCCAGGAUGGACACUGGAGGCUGGUGAUGCAUGAAGGUAGACAGGAGGAAUGGACACUUAACAUCAGUGAACAGCACCAGGACAAGAGCAUAACAUACCGGGUUUGUUUCCCACUCUAACAAGCCUCCACUAGCAGAUAGUUAAGGGGCCAACUUCUUAAACAAGGCUCCUUGAGUCUGCCCAGAAAGGAGAGCAGGCAGGAGAUGUCAGACUUCACAACAGUCAACCAUGCCUGUCAUCUGAUGGGGCUCUUUUUGAGGGAUUUUUCCCCUUAACGGGCUAAUUCCCUGCUUCCUCUGCCCCCACUGUACAACUAAUUUCGGGGAAAGCAGGCUCUUGUAGCAGCAGAUGAGCAAGGUGAACUUGAGCUUGGUUUAACCAUGGGCAGUUAAGAUCACGUUUCCCUGGCCCACAGCGUUCUGAAGGCAGAGAGUGGGGUUGGAAAAGAGGUUCUGGGUUUGGCCAGUCUGUAGCUGCAGGAUAAAAUCUUAGUGUGGGGUCUGAUUGGGAUCCCAAGUGUGGAGGUGGGACGCGAAGGGAGCUGGGGAGCCUGUCUCAUCGUAGGAUGAGUUACUACUGAUAGGACCAAGUUCAACUCUGGCCCGGGGACCGACUGGCACUGGGGCUGAAUUCCCUUUUUUAAUACAGCUGCCAGUGUCGCAGUCUGCCAGAGAAGGAGCAGAGCUGGCCAUUCCUAGGUUUCUGAAGGGAGAGUUGUUUCCAUUGAUGUUUUAAAUCUCAUCUCUGUAGAGUGGGGAGGUUUCACACCCUGGAUCCCUGUGCACAGCUCUUUAACUGUACCCAGAGGAAACCGCUCCCAUUCUAGGGCUUUCAUCACGUUUGUUUCCACGCAGAGAUUUCGGUGCGUAGGUCUAUGCAGCACAAAGAGACCCAUGCCAGCAAGUCUCAGAGCCUGAGUCGACUGACUCGGGCUCGCGCUACGGGGCUAAACAUAGCAGUGUGAACAUUCAAGUGUGGGGUGGAGCCUGGGCUCUGAGGCUCUCCUGCCUUGUGGGGUUUCAGAGCCCAGGCCCAGCUCAAGCAUCUACACUGCUAUUUUUAGCCCUGCCUCCCCAAUCCCCAUCGGUUGACUCUGGCUCUGAGACUUGCUGCUGUGGGGUUUUUUUGCUGGGUGGAUAUACCCUUAGCGGAUUCCAGCAGGACCCUCCAUUCCUUCUGUAUCCUUAAGAAAGGCUGUGUAUAUGCCAAGGUGUCUAUUCUUCUCUGCUCUCCUCCUGCUGCUGGGUGAGGAUCCCUUCUAUUGCUACAGACCCUCUAGUUACUAAGGGGGUGUCAAAAUGUGCAUGAUUGGCAUGCCAGGACAGUGGGCUAAGCACCAGCAGUUUCUGUUGACUUCUACUAGGAUUGCAGGUGCUCAGCGCUUUGGAAAAUCUGUGUUGUCCAAGGCUUUGGUAUGCAGCAAAUAGGGGUCUGGUGAAGGGGUAACCUGGGGGCAGGAGUCUUGAGGAAUCAGUUCAGUGGAAACCCCAAAUUCCAAGAGUGCAUCUUGGCUGGGGUAGGGAUUUGGCCUCCAUGCCCUGGGAUUGAGUUUUUACCCUAGUUCCCAGGCCUUAGUUACAGCAGGGAGACAGGAGGGAGUUUCACUAACAGAGCCAGGGCAGGCCUGGAACCCUGCACUUUCUCCCCAGGAUUUGAGGUUUGUUUUAAGUGUUUAAUCAGAUCACUGAAAAUUCCUGGCAUCCCCUGUCCCCAAAUGCUGCUGAAUGCUAACGUCUUAGUUUACAUAACAAAACAAACAGGCCAUCGCCCCUGCUAGCCUCAGAGUGACCCUCCCCCAGCUAUGGAAGCCUCAGAGUGACCCCCCCCCCGGCUAUGGAAGCCUCAGAGUGACCCCCCCCCCCCCGGCUAUGGAAGCCUCAGAGUGACACCCCCUUCCCCCACCCCGCCCCGGUUAUGGAAUGGAGAUGGCUAUUCCAGCAGGGCAUCUGCCCUCACCAUGGCUCUGCAAUCCAAAGACCAGCUGAACUGAUAAGCUUCCAGCUGGAGCCAUCUCUUUUAUCUGCUGGGUUCUCUGCAGCUGCAAUACCUCAACUGGCCACAUGGGGAUGAGGAGGCAGCACUGAGUUGGGGCCCCAGGGCUUGAAAUGGACACUGUCCAGGUUUGCUCGCGAACGAUGUGAUCCAUAAAAGCCCUUUGUGAUUGGAGGGCCCAGGGUCAACAAAGCCUUACAUGUGACUGAAACUUGAAUCCAUUCCAGGACUCCCUAGAGUCCCUUAGCGCUAGAAAACCUUGUGUUGAAGCCAGUAUUAAGCAUACAACUCUGUACAUUCCUUAUAGAUGGGCAUUCAGACAUUUCAUACGUGAUGCACUGUGCUUGCCUCCCCAUCUUCAGACCCAGCCGUAGUUCAAAAGAGAGAUCCCCAUUCAAAGCAUUUGCCAUUUGUGUGCCUUUGCCCGGCAGAGGGAAAAGGGGGAAUCUGGAUCGACCCCUCCAUCUGGCUGGAUCAUGAUUCACUCGAUAUCGUUUUUUUGCAAACUAGAAAUGUAAACCUGCUAGAAUAAUCUAGAAAAUGUGGAUGGGGAUUCAGGGGUUUUGUGUGUCUUCCUUGUGCUGCAUGCAGUUGGUAGGCUUAACUGGGGUUAGCUCCGUUCUCUUGAUGGUUGUCAGCAGCCUAGAUUUGUAGUUACUCUUAGGCAAAUCUUUAUCGCUCCAUGUGUGAUGGACUCUUCCAUUUAGCAUGCAGUGGGUGUGUUGAGAGGGGAGAUGGAUCAUAAUGAUGCUAUAAUUUUGGGUAGAUUUAUUGAACAGGAUCAUACUAAAAAAGUUCCAUGUCAGGGAACUCUAUUGCAUUAUAUAUCUAGAGCUCCACUCAUUGCAAUAUCUUGGUGCUGGCCCCUUAUAAAACACGCACAUGGUAGUGGGAAUGGAUGGCAGGGAGAGGGGCAGUCGGGAGGCAGUUGUCAGCCAGGAAUGAGGGGCCUAUUGGGCCUAAGGAUCUCCCUCAGGGUGAAUGCUGAUACUCUGCAGACGAUCAGAGUCUUUGUAUCUGCGCUGGGUUCAGAUGAGCUUGCCAGAUUCUUUACCCAGUUCUUUGCACCACCCUGAAUGUGCAGAACGUACAUUCUGUAUCCUUUCUCUCUGGUCAGUGUCUGCAGAUUGCUGCUGUUAGUUCCGUGGCCCAGCAGGAUUCUGACCCCAAAUCAUUAACCUGACCUCCAGCAGGUACAAAAGAAUGAUCAUCAAUGGGAGAUAUCAGAGCUUUUACGGUUCAAAUGCCCUCAAUCACUGUUAUUCCCAGCAACUGUGCAGUGAGUUUUUGAGUGAACUGCCAUCAACUUGGAUUGGGUUUUUUAAUACGGGAUCAUUAGGAAUUGAAAGCUGUUUUAUUCCUGUAUUCUAACUUUCUGAAUUGUUAUGGGUGAGUGAGAUUAUGGCCUUGAUCUACACAUGCAAUAUAAGGCAAAUGCACAUGUAAAUAUCUGACUGCAAUUCCACCCUCAUUAUGGGACAGGUGAGUGAGUGGGCAUCUGCUUUAUAAAAUGGACAUGAUCUGUUUCCUUGAUCUGUUGUUGGGAAGCUCUGGAGUGGAAAUAAUCUCUCAAUCUAGAAAGAAAGGAUCAGGGUGAAAGUCAUGCACUGAUUUUUAAUUAUUAAUAUUGAAGGUGGCAUUGAGCUGGUGCUGUCUGCAGAUCUCAGACCAUCACUCCACAGCUUCCUACCUGCUGGCCUCACAGCUGAAUUUCCAGAACCCUAGCCCAGGCUCCACAUGAGAGUCUGGAACCUGGGGCAGAGAUUUCCAUCUCUGGUUAUUAACUCCUUGGGCAACUCUUUGCUGGUCCCUUCGGAAGAGACACAGUGAGCCAAAUUAAUCGCUAAUGCAUCUCCAUUGACUUGAGAUACAUACACCAGGGAUGGGCUUGGCCCAGUGACUCUAUAACAGAGUUGAACAUGAUAGGCCUCUGAUGUGAAGUGCACAGCCUUAGCAUUUGGUUUUAACCCUGCAGAGAGAGCAGAGCACCUGUCCAAACAGGUGUGGCAGUACUUCCUCCUGCCUAGCCCCUCAUGUCCUAUGCAAAGCACUCCACUUUAUCUCCUGGUCCUGGUGGGGAUUCAUCCCUACAGGAGGUGGGUGGGGAGAUCUACCCACCUGGCUUUGCUUUCUUCUCACAGAUCUCCACAGAUGCCCUCUUUUCCAGAACCAUAUCUCCCUCCAUCCCACACAGGUCUGGUCUCCUCGCACUUUGGUUAUUGUAUAUUAACGACACCAGGAAUGCUGAAUCAUGGGACCGAAGGCACAGAAAAUUAGGAUAUAGAAACUAAUCACAUGCUGUUUACAGAUUCCUGCACUAUCAAAUUUCAUUUCUUCCACAUUGUAUCCCAGAUCUUGGGCUGCACCACAUUGAGAGGUUUGGUUGCAAUACACCAGACCAGAUGCCGUCUCUGCCACCCCUUUACAUUUUGGAGAGGACUUCCCCACAAAGCAAACCCUUGUGGGUUAGAGUGGCUUAGAGACAACAAACUAUUUGAUUUGGAGGGAGUCUUUCUAGCCCCCCUUAUGCCCAUCUUCACUAAGACCACUUUAGCCAGAGCUCCUGCUUAAAGCCAAAUCAAGGGGGAGAUUUUCAAAGGCAGAAAUGAGAGUUGUUUGCCCAGUUCUCAUGGCUUGUCAAUGGGAGGUGAAAGCCUAACUCCCAUUGUGCCUCUGAAUAUCUGCCCCAGCUUCAGAUCUCAUUCACACAGUCCAGGAUUUGCUGAGCAGGAAGCUCCAUUAAAGUCAAGUUCCAGAUCUUCUUGUGCUGUAUAAAUCCUUUGUAUUGUAUAACCAGGGAUUACCUGAUUGUCAUAACCUUUGAUACUAACUUUUAAUGACUUGUAACAUUUAGGAUGUCUGUGAAUGAGACUUGUAGAGUUAUUUUUUUUAGUGUCUUGUAUUUUAUGCCAUCCACUCUUGUGAAUGAGUAUUUUAUAUUUAACACAGUAUUUAAUAAAAAAUAUAAUGAUAAUGCUAGAGAACAUCAUUUCUUGUGGAGUAGGAUUUAAAUAAAGACUCAAGAUACCUCA